AAUUACCAAAUACAAUUUGAUGAGCAAAACCACACAGCCAGCAAACUGCCCAGCACAGAGGAAGGAGGAGGGUUCGACUGCUGCAUCACUGUGCGCUACAAUGGGGCCAACAUCUCAUCUGAUCCUGCUGAUGUUGCUGCUGUGCUGCACAACAAACCAAGCCUCUCUGACUGUGAGACCGAGCAGCUCUCAGUUUUUCGACUGGACGUCUGUCACUCUGAGCUGUGAGGAGGACGACAGCUCUGCUAGAUGGACGCUGAGGAGGAACACAACCAGAGAAACCAGGACUCAGUGUGGAGCUGACUGGGGAAGAUCAGCUGGUUCUUCCUGUAACAUCAGCUACAUCGUCCCAUUGGACAGUGGAGUUUACUGGUGUGAGUCCAGAGAGGGAGCAACCAGUAACACCAUCAACAUCACUGUCACUGGUGGAUCACUGAUCCUGCAGAGUCCUGUCCUCCCUGUGAGGGAGGGACAUGAUGCCACUAAGUACUGUAAAAAAGAGACCCCUCCCUCCAACCUCCCAGCUGGUUUCCAGCAUGUUUCCAAGUCUGAUGAAGGCCUCUACAAGUGUGAAAUCAGCCAUCAUGGAAAGCUUCAAACCAACUCUCUCAAAGAGGUGAAAACCGUGAAACCUGGAGAUAAUGUCACUCUGCCAUGUCAGGCUGCUGAUGCCUCCAUCAGAGCUGCAGAGUGGACCAGACCUGACCUGGAGCCACCAGAGUACGUCCUCUUUUACAGAGACGGACGCUCAGAACCAACCUACCAGCAUCCAUCGUUUAAGGACCGGGUGCAGCUGGUGGACAGAGAGCUGAAGGACGGAGAUGUGUCUUUAGUUUUGAAGAACGUGAGCAGCAACGACACUGGAACAUACGAGUGUCGAGUUGCAACAAGUGGAUCGAGACAAAAGAGAGCCAAUAUUAAGACUGAGCCAAUCAGAAUCUACCAGCUGGAGGUUUCAGGUUCCAACAGUGGAGACGUCGAGGAGGGAAACUACGGUCUUUACUACGGACUGGGAGCAGGUUUUGUUGUGGUUUGUUUAGCUGCUGUUGUUGGCUGGAAAUAUAACAAUAAACCAUAACAGUACUGAUGAUGAUGAAGCUUUGUCGACCCAAAGAUUGCAAAAUUAGUUUGUAUGUUUUGACCUCCCCACAGAAGUAGAAAAACAAAUCUCUGUAUGUGUGUGUGUCAAUAUAUUAAUGUGCGUCAGUAUGCAGUUCAGUGAAGAGAAUACAGACCUCUGUCCACCAAUCAGAACUGAGGAUCAAGUCCUCCUUUCCGUCAAAUAAACCUCAAAAUAGCCUAAACUAUAGGUUGCAUCUGCGAAAUUACCUGACCAGAAGCUGCAGCACAUAUUAAAAUAUAUAAAGUUAAAAAAAUAUGACCACAUCAGCGAGUUCAAAAACUGGUAUGUUCUGCUUUGGUCCAGAAACUUUGAUGACAAUUUAAAGAGAUGGUAUUAUGCUAAUUUUCAGGUUCACUUAUUUAGAGGUUGUACCAGAACAGGUUUACGUGGUUUAAUUAAACCACGUAAACCUCAGAGCAGAGUUUUCUGUGGGAGAUGGGAACUCCCUUUGGGGUGGACUUUGGGUUUUUUCACUUUGCAAACCUAUUACAUGCAAAAAAAAGAUAUAUAACUCAAUAAAGAGGGAAAAGCCAAAAAGCAUAAUACCACCUCUUUAAUUUUCACUCAAAUACAAGUAAAAAGUACAUCAGUUAAGAUGCCCUCUGAGUAAAUGAUGAUGAUGUUAUUUGAUAUGACUAAUGGCUACAAAAUAAAGUCAGUGAAAGAGGAUCAGCCCUGGACUGUGAGGUCAUUUCUGCAUUGUGCCCUCAGUGUGAACUACAUGUGAUGCAUACUGGCCAAAAUCACUUUUUCCCUUAAACAGUGUUAUGACCCUGAGUCACAAGAUGCAUGUUUCCUCGCUUGAACUGGAUUUUGUUCUUGUCCGCUGUCUUGCCAACCGUCCUGAAGCUGUUUUUUGUGCACUGAGGAGCGAGGAGCGAUCUCUGAGGAGCCGUGAGCGAGUGUAGCUGAUGUAUUAAUGUGAUAGUUUGGAGGUUUAUAGCUUCCAGUUUGCUCUUCUGUUAAUGUUGCGUUGUUUCUUUUAUGUGUAUACCUGCUAUGUAUACGGUUUAUUUUUGGGGAGUUUUAUUUCGUUAAUUGUGGGACUUUAGCUUUGACCUUGGACACUUUGGUAACUGUGGGGAGAAUUGAACAAAUAAAUGAAAUACAACAGA